CCAGGCCUCGGUUAGUCGUGCGAGGGUCGCGCAAGCUCGUUAAAGCUCCUUGGCGCGGUGCUUGCGCUCGCCGCGAUCUCACGACUGACCGAUCAACGGAGGACGGGCGGUCCGUUUUGCACCUGACCUGACGACGCGUGCCACAUCGGUCUCUCACGUCCAGCCGAGCAGACGGUCGAGUCGAGAGGAAGAGGAGAGGCACCCGGGGGAGAGAACGAGGCGAGGGAGAUGACGAUGCCGGUGGACGAGGACGCGCGGUCGGAUUCUCGGUACGCGAGAUAGUGGAGGACGACCGAUGGGUAGUGGCGAUAGUGGCCAGUGAUUGCGGCGUGAUUAGCAGCUUAAUUGAUCAGGCUCCGCCGUCUCAUAGAAUUCGUCGGAUUCAACAUCCGGAAAGAUGGGUUGGGUCCUCCCCGGUCUCGGAGUGGCUUUCAUCGUCAUCGCUGCCGGCGCCACUAUCGCCAUUUGCAGAAGAUAUUGCAGCGGAUGGCAGUUUGGCACCAGGAAUGUCUGGAGCGUCUGCGAGGAAUGGAGACAGAGGCUUUCAUGGCUUUGGGCACCGCGGGAAGAAAAGGUGGGAUUGGUAAAGGCUCAGCAUCCAACCGCCCAGACGAUACCAGGCCUAUAUCGUCAGGCUGGGAAUACCUCUCAACAUCUCUUGCAUAGCGACAGCGACCUCCGGUUAGACGCGCAAGGCGCUUUCACCAGGUAUGCGACGAAGCGAAUAAUUAAUAAUCCGCACUAUAUUAUAAUAUUCAUAUAAUGGUCGAAGAGAAGACUACGGGAAAGAACUCGGUGAAAAUAAAGCAUGAGUAGACGAAAUUUCUUUUGAAAAAGACGACGUUUAAACAAGUUCUCGGAGUUCUUCAAAGUUCUGCCUCUCAACUAAAAUUAAUUCGAAAUGUUUUUCCUCCGAGUUAAGUUGAUACCAAGUGUUACAAUGAAGUUUAUUCGCGCGUCGAGAAAACGCUACAAUUCGCACCACUAUACUAUACGGAGAAACAUAAUUUUGCUCUUUUAACAAAAUUGUCGUUGCUACUGCAUAUUUGUAGUGAUAUCAAAAAAAUUUAGUUGACUUAACUAAUUUUAUAAAUUAUUCGUUAUCAGAGCAGAAGUC